GGAGAGUCGAUCUCAAACGGGCGAGAGCGAGAGUGGGGAUUUCUCCUCAUUCCGCUCACUCGCUCGCUCAUCCUCUUUUAUACCAUUCCUUCGCUCUUCUCUCUCUUUCUUAUUUCUAUGCGACCCUUUUCUCUGCGUUUUCUCCCGGUUUCGUGUCUACUUCCCCAAGACGACCUCCAUUGAUCUUCUUAUCGUAUUCCAUGAGUCAUUGUGAUCUUACCGAUUGAAUUUUCCAUCCCAGCUCAAUCAUACCCCGUGUUUCUUGUCUUUUGUUAACCUUUGGGGAAAGAAACCAUUGUUUCUCCUUUCUAGCGAAGCGUUUGAAUCUUAACUUCGAAAUUCUUUAAAAAAAUCUUCAGCUUUGCUUUCUUGGUCUCUCGAUCUGCCUGUGCGCGUGUCCCUAAAUUAGGGCUUCAUCCCUCUUGUUGCCUCUCAUUGCUAGCUACUCAAGAUUGCUGCUUGUGCUGGAUUUUCCUUUCAGGUUUACUGAAUCUGAUCGGAAUUUCCGAACUGAGUUACGGUUUUGAUCAGCCAACUUGCCACACUCAUCAUCGGGUGCUUCUUGCGGGUUUUGCUGUUGCAAUUUUGUUGGCGGAUCGCCCGACAGUGAAGUGGGCUAUUUGUCUUCCAUAGCCUUGAGCUGAAACUUGACAUUCAAAUCUGAAUAAUUUCCAUGAUACAAUGCUUUUAAUUUUUGUUCAUAAAGGGCGUGAUUGAGGACCAUAGGUAAAUAGAAUUGUUUGUAAGCUGUCAGUGUAAAAAACAAAGGGAAAACAAAAAAUAUCAUCCGAAAUAUAAAGGCUGACCAUUUUACCACGGUAGCUUGAUACUGCAAGAGAUGUUUUGGCAUUUAAAGUAGCUGAGAAGUGAAGGUUAUUGAAAACUAUUACACUCAAAGAGUUUAAAACAGAAUUACAGUGAACAAGUUUAUCCUCUGAAGUAACCUUUCUGUUGGUAUAGUCAUUGAGAGCGUUUGUGUUUUAAAAGUAUACCAUAGUCUAUUACAGUAUUCCAUUGAUUGCCAUUGGUGGCUGAUGUGAGUUCUGACCGGUGCUUUUGGGGCUUCUUUGCAUUUGAAGCUUAUAGUGGGGUUUUGGUCCUUUUGGAAGACUGAUUGAGUGGGAGUCAACGCCUACUGAAGUUGGAAAGGGACGUGGUAUAGUAUUUUUAUUGCUGGCUCAAUCCCUUACUGGAAAACUGUUGCAAGGAAGUAAGUGUUGGAUACUUACUGUUCUCAUAACACCUCUUUGCCAGCAGUAGAAUUCUUUGCAAUGUCUCGCUGCUUUCCAUUUCCACCACCUGGAUAUGAAAAGAAGCUUAGACCAGAAGAUGUGGGCAUAUUGAAAGAGGUUUGUGCAAUUAUAUCAUUAACAUGAUGUGUGUUUGGUCACAACUGCACAAACAUCAUAUACGCAUCUUGAUGAUAUGACAAUGAAUGAACAGUUUUCAUCAUUUUUCGAUGGUUGCAUGCGCAUCAUAUGCGCAUCUUGAUUAUACGCAUGCUUGUUUUAUAUGACCUGAGCAUAGUUUCUGCAUCCGUGGUCUUAAGCGUCUUCAUUGCACACAUCUUUCACAGUUCAAAUUAGAACAUAGAAGCUUUUAUUGUACAGACGUACAGUGGCCAAAGUAUGUCUCGUAGGUAAGCGGCUGUUACAAGUUGUAUUAUGCGUUAUGAAGAUUGAAGAGGCACAUCCAGAGAGCUGUGUUAACAUAUUGAAUCAUGACAGAACUAAUGUGUGUGAUUAUGUGGAACCAUGAGCCCGUUCUUGAUAAGCACAUCAUUAUUCACCCUAUUAUGCUUAUCAUUGGAAUUACCAUAAUAAAUAGAUUUUGACUUAUUUGGCUGAAAUGGAUUUUUACAAUCGCUUUUCCUUAAAGAAAAUUCAUCAGAUUCAGCGAAAUAAAUACCAAAAUGGGCUUUAUAUUUGAGCACUUUAGAUACAUUAGAUAUAUGCACUUCUCUUGACAUAGGGGUAGCAAGCUUUCAAGUCUUCUAAUAUCCCCACCUGAGAAGGGAAAAUGCUGAAAAUACACAUUUUACUGAUUGUGCAUCAAGAGAGAUGGGGAACAGGGUGAUUUGCUAUAAGUUCAAAACCCCUGCUUUAUCUAACCUUUUCUUGUCCUAUAAUAUUGUAACUUGAUGGGUUUGCUAGUGCAAUUUCCAUGUAAAAUCAGCUAUGUCGAAUUAGUGAUGUUUGCAUUGUCGAAAAUCACUGUUCUAAAAAUUGCUCUAGGCGCCCGAUUAGUCCCCGCCUAGGCGCUAGGCGGUGACCGGGCGCCCCGAUUUUAGGCUAGGUGCUCGACUAAUUGAUUUGGCACCUAGGUGAAUCAGUCGGCCAUCUAGAGGGCCUAGUUGCCCGCCUAGAGUGCUUAAUCGGUUGCCUAGGCAUCUAGAUUCGUCGAACAUUUUAUUUUAGUACUCUAAGAGAUAUAUGUACCCUUAACUUUAACAACACAUAUGAAGAAAGCUAGUAGUUGUAGAUUAAGAUAAAAACUAUACAUGUUCACAUAUAGCCUUUUUCCAUCAUUUUCAAUAGAGCCAAAGACUAACUGUUUUUUGGCUUGGGAAUAUGAUGGAAUAAAGCAAAAUGACUUACUAAACUGUCUGCGCUUCUUUGUUAUGAAGCAGCAAUCAGUCCAUGCAAUUUUGGACGUGAUUUUCAGUACGGGUCAUCCGAAAACAGUUUCUCUGUGCUUUAGUACAGGGUUAAGACUGCGUACAUCUGACCCCCUACCCCACCGAAGGUGUGGGAGCCUUUGCGGCACUAGGGUAAUGAUGAUGAUGAUGUUCACAUAUAGUCUUAAGUGUUAUUAUUAUUUAAGAAUAUUUAUUACAUAAUGUUAAGUGAGUAGAUAUGAUAUAUUAUUAAAUAUGACAACUCUACCAUUCAUGCAUGUUAAUGUGUAUGUGUGUGUAUAUAUUUUUAUACACACACAAACACGACAUUACUAAUCAUAUUUAUUUAAAAAUAUUGAUAAAACUAUAAUUUUUAUGUCUCCGACUAGUCCCCGUCUAGGUGCCUAGGUGACGGACCGCCUAGCGCCUUUUCGAACAUUGUCGAAAAUCUACUUUUCCUUUCUUUUUACGUUGGCCACAAGACUUGGUUAUUCUUGUACCUCUUAGAAUGCUAAGCUUCGGUGAUCUGGUGUUUGCUACCUAACCAUGCCUACCGAUAGGUGACCAUUAUCUAGAUCCAAAUAAGCAUCUCUUACCACAAUGCCACUUGAUCUUUCAUCAAGACAAAUCUAUGUUCCUGCACACUUGCUCUGCCGUAAAUGCAGUUCAAAGAAUAUCUCACGGAUUGUAUCCACUAUUUCACCAUAGUAUGUUUCUCUACCUUUUGGUGAUCUAUACAUAAAAUUUGUUCCUCCCCUUUGUAUUCUCACACUGGAACCGGGGAUUCAUAAACUCUAGUAACGAAACAAACGAAACGCAAUGGCAGCAUGCUAUUCUGUUAACGACGCGAAUAAGUGACCUUAUCCAAGGUUGAGAACAGGAACCUUGGUAUGAUCAAUAACACAACAACAUUAUCGCAGUUCUGCAAAGGCUCCCACCUACGGUGGGGUAAGAGGGGUCGGAUGUACGAAGCCUUACCCAUGUACUAAAGAUCAAAGAGAUUGUUUCUGAGUGACCCAUGAUGAAAAUCGCGUCGAAAAUUGCAUGGGUUGACUAUUCCUUCAUAACAAAGAAGCACAAACAUUUUAGUGAGCCAUUUUGCUUUAUUCCAUCAUAUUCCCAAGCCAAAAAAUAAUGAGUCUUUGGCUCCAUUGGAAAUGAUGGAAAAUGGUAUGAUCGAAAAUAGAGAGAGAUAAUUUUGAAUCGAUUUUUAAUUAAGUAUGAAGAGAGGUAUGAAGAGGCUUAACAGAAUUAAUCCGAUCUCCAACCUAGUCAAGAAAUCCCUGAAUUAGUUUUGUAAAAGCUGUUUAUUAAAUUAACUGAGAACCCCUUAUAUAGGUAUUAAGGGUUUUCUAAUACUAAACGGGAAAAUAAAUUGUUAUACCAAUAGAACUAUAAUAGAGGAAGACUAUUUAAAGAAGGAUUAAUUAAUAUUUUAAUACUAAUAGGACUGUAACUGGUUCCUUGGGCCUUUUCUUUGGCAUCUUUGUUCAUUAAUUGCAUUUGUUCCAUUCCGGUUUCUUCGUUUAUAUGUGCGACCAUAGAACUGGUCGGUAACAUUUUCCUCCAUCAAUAGUUCAAUAGAAAGAUAAGAAGAAGCUACACAAACCUAAAUUUAAGAGUUGUAGAUUAAUGUUGCACUAUUCAUCAUUGAGUUGUGUUUAUGGAACAUACGACCCGAUGACAGACUAGUUGAGGGUUGUUUUAUUAUUGUGGACACGAUAAAUGAGAGUACUUAUGUUACACAAAAUUGGGAUUAUCUCAAUUGUUAUUUGUGGAGAGGAUAAGAUUGACAAGGUAAUCUUCUGCUGAGAUCUCUGGCUUGGUUGUAAGUUGUCUAAUACUCCCUCCAUAUUUUAAAGUUUGCUACAUUUUCCUUUUAGGAUGUGAUUAAAAGUUUGCUACACUUUCCCUUUUUGGUAAGUUUUUCCUUUAAAAAUACAGUACUCAAUUAUCCUUACUUUGUAUACUUUUUAUCUUCUCUUUCAUACCUUUUUACCAUCUCUCCUACUUUUUCUACAUUAUUUAUUAUCCCUACUAUUUUCUCCUUAAAUAGUGUGCCAAAGCCUAAUGUAGCAAUCAUUAAAACACGGAGGGAGUAUUAUAAUUAUCCUUGUUGUUACCUGAUAAUUUGCUUACUUCCCAUGAUAAACUCUUGUAUUUUUAUGGCUAAUUUGGCAGGGUUGAUUGCAUUUGUUACCACAAACAUGACUCUACCUUAUUAAAGAACAUAUACUCGGUAUCUAUGUUACAAUGUGGUAUGACAUUAGGGCACUUAUAUUUGUCAAGAAAUAUAAGCAUGAUAAAUAUUUGCCAAAUUUGACCGGCACGGAAAAUAAUAAAGUAAAAAUUGUGUGGUUGAGAUUUGUGCAGAGGAGAGAGAAAUAAUAGGAAUCACAAAUUAAUUGAUUAAAAGAGAAAGUGAUAAGUUUUGGGGGCAACCAAAAAAGGAAAGAUUUGACAAGGUUAUAAGGGAUAGAGCCAUAGAGGGAGUAAUAUAAGUCAAAUUAUGUGUGUAUUGCUUUUUGGCGAACAAAAAACAAGACCUUUCGUAAUUGAAAUGUUGAAGACGGGAAUUAUUUCCCCACUCCAUUUAUACCCAACUGAACAAUGACAAUGCUUUCCUUCAAUAAAUUCCACCCGUUCUGGCUAUUUAAUUCAUUAGUCAAACCAUCUGUUUUUUGUUUUUUAAAAUUUUAAUGAGAAUCUUAUGAAGUAGGGGAUUGUGUGUUCAUUAUAAGAUGUUUGCUACACAGACGUUGAGGGAGAAAACGGGGAAGGAAACAUAGGAAGUGAAGGAUAAUGUAUAAGGAACAUUGUUAUUAGAUGGAAAAAAGAAAAAUAGUUGUCACAUCUUGCAUGUAUAAAGAAUGAGAGAAAAGCUAGAGUGCUUGGUCAUGUGUAUAGUGUGUUAAAAAAAGGAGGGAUUCGACCUGUUUUUAGAGAGGAAGUACAUGGUAGUCUGGGAUUAUUUCUUCUCCCUUUUCCUUCUCCAAACAAAAUUAACGUUUCCCAUCCUAUCUGCAUUUUCUUUGUUUCCAUCCAUGUGGGCAUUAUUAUGAAUGCCACUGUUUCCAUUUCUACCUAAUUGAGUUUUCAUUCCCGUCUAAUUAUUCUGUUGUGAGAUACAUAAACGUAUACCAUUUCAAAUGAAUAUUGUUUUCAUAUUGCAUACUUCUUGCACUCUGAUAAUAAUAAAGGAAUCAGUUGUUACUUUUAAUUAUAAAAUGAGGCAUCAAUGUUUUUAAUACUACCUCUGUCCCAUUUUAUGUGUUUUGUUUUGGUUUGGGACAAUUAUUAAUAAAGUGGUUGAAAAAGUACAAGUUGUGGUUGAAAUUUGAGUAUAAUAAAGUGAAAUAUUGUGGACCAUAUAUUUCUUUCCAUAAAAGGAAAUAUAACACUAAUCUUGGGACAACUCAAAAAGGAAAGUAAGAGGGGUAAAAUGGGACGGAGGGAGUAUUAAUUAGACCAGAAAUGUAAAACUGAAGCCCUAGACUUGUAUUAUUCUUAAAAAUGAAAAACUAACUUGUAUUGCAAUUCAUCCCAUCUUUCUGAUUUUUUCAAAGGGAUUGCAUUCAGUACUUAUUUUAUAUUCAGAAAUAAACACUGUUAUUUAUUGCUUUCCACAAAUUCCAUUUUUUUCAUUGAUUAGUAAAUGUGAUCCCUUUGAACACAUAAGUUGCGGAUUUAAGUGAUACAUUGGUACAUGUCACCGUUUCAAGUCGGCUUUUACUGUUCAGUUUCCCCUUUGUGAUUUCCUGCCAAUUGUCAUCAUGGUUAGGAUGUGUUUCCAUAUCAUUUUGUUUAUUUGCAUAUCAUUGCUUGUCAGUGAUACUUCAAUUGGAUCCAAAAUAUUCUUAGCAGUUGUGAAUAUCCAUAUUUUUUCACAAGUGAUCUGAGGCUUCAGUGGCAGGACAUUGAAAUUUGAAAUCAGUUACCUGAAUUAAACUAUCUACACAACAAAAUUAGUUCCCCUAAAUAAAAAAUUAGAUAUUUCUUUUGAUGCAUAUAAGUAAACCAACCACCAUAAUAUGCCUAGCUUUUUUUAAGUUUACCAUGGUUGUUCCGGAAGAAAAGGUGGUACCUUACGCAUUAGGAUGCCUUAAUCGAGUAGCAAAUGUGGUAUCAUCAGCUUUAGGACCGAUUCUCUUUGCCUGCAUUUUCAAAGAUAUGGUCGGAAUAUUUCUGAUCUGGUUGAGUGGUCUUAACCUUACGGGCUGAUAUAGUAGAGUGUUUAUGGUCUGUUCUGAAUGUUUGUGGUCUUGUCCUGUUCUUUUUUGAAUUAUAACAUCUGGUCUGGUCCGAAUCUUUCUGGUCUGGUCUAAUUUGAAUAUUUCUAGUUUGACCGUAUUAGAAUAUGAAUAAGUAACACGCAAACCAAAAUAAGUUGAUCUGAGCAUCAUCUUAGCUGGCAUUGUCAGGGGUAUUAGAUUGUAAUGUUACUAUUUAUCAUAAAACAAAGAGAUUUCUUCAUCUUUGUAGGCGUGUCCGUUUGGGAGUAACAUGAUAGUUUUGGUAUAGAAAUCCUCCUGAUUUUGGUACUAGUUAAUAUGUUUCACUUAACUAUAAUAGUAGUUGCAGAGCCACCUGGCCAUUUAGACUAUAAAUUGAAGUGUCUGAUGGAACAGUCUAAAUUGGCAAUGCUAAGAAUCUUCAAAAUGAAAAGAGAAAGUGACCUUAGGGGCUAGGGCGUCUCCCCCCCCCCCCCCCCCCCCCUCUCUUCUCAGAACACAAGAAAGAAUUGAAAAUACACAGAGAGAUACCCCAGAAGCUAAUCUAUGCCAAUGAUAAAGAGAAAGUGAAAAGGCACAACAAGGACAAGAAAGAUAAAAAGAGAGAGCGUAAAGAGAAAAAGGAGAAAGAUAAAAGUGAUAGGAAACACAAAGGAAAAAAUCGAAAAGAUAAACACAAGGAUAAGAGAGAGAAGCAUCGGGGCAAAAAGGAUAAAGAUAAGGAUCAAGGAAUAGAUAAAGAAAGAAGCAGCAUUUCUGAAGAGGCAAGACUUGCUGAUAAUCCUAGUGGCAUUUACUCAAAGGCAGAUGAAUCAAAAUCUGUGCAGGAGUUGGGCAGGAGGAUCAAAGAUGACGAGAAGGGAAAAAAGGGGAACCGAUUUGGCGAGGUGAAUAGGGAUGAGCAGAUGGACAGGUUUGUAGGGAUACAGAACUUCGGGUUUUUGGGAGUUGAUAAUAAUGGAAAAUCUAUGGUUGCCAAUAUGUGUGAGGCCAACACGAACAAAUUUGAAGGAAUGCCCAGACCAUUGGGGGUGGUCAAUACUGAGAGGAAAGAAGAGGAGGAACAACCUAAAGGAGGCAAUGAAAGGAUGGGGCACAUAAAGGAAAGAGGAAAAAGUAGAGGGUUUGAUGGAAAGCCUUGGCACAGCGAAAAUCAUAACAGAAGGACUAAGAAAAGUCCGGAGGACAAAGACCGUAAAAGGGAGGAGAAGGAAAAGGUCAAAGGGAAUAACAAGGUCAACAACACUGAGCAGGAUGUAUUCAGAGCCAUUGCUACAACUGAUUCCAUUGUUGUUACCAAUGGUGAAAUUCCACAUGUUUUCAGGGUUAAAAAUAAUGAUGCUGCCCCUGAAGGAGAGAUCAUCAGCAAGAGGAAAACUGUAGAGAGGAAUGGUCUUUUGCACAGUAAGUCCUUUGAGGCUGAAAGAAUUAUAAAACUAUGUUCUCCCGUAACUGUUGGAUGGAAAGAAACAUUAUCUGGUCUGCCCUAUCAAGCGUUAUUAUGUUGACAGCAAAAUGAUACAAUUAGAAAUUGUUUACAUACAAUCCCCCCAGCACAAAAACUUAAAACUAGAAGUUCUAUUUCCAGAUUAUUUUUGUCCCAAAAAGAGUGCUUUUAAGAAUCAAUGUUCAUUAUAAAGUGAAAUUCGUGUAAAUCCAAGCAGAAGGCAGGUUUAGUCAAAUACUCCAAAACAAUGUUGGAAGUUAGCUUUAGGGGAACCAUAAGUUCCCAUUAUUCAUAAUAGUUUGUAGAAGCCUGUACUUUGAUUGAGCAGACUCAAAUAAA